AUGGUUGGAAUGUAUGUGUACCUUUUAAUAUUUGCUUGUGUUACAAUUGCAAGUUUUAUUAUCAACUAUCGAUUAAAAAGGCAAAAUUUAUAUUAUUUAAUGAAUAAAUUACCUGGACCGAAAGGUUUACCACUUAUUGGAAAUGGUCUUGAAUUUGCAACAAAUAAUCAAGAAAUUAUAAGCAAAAUUGAAUAUUGGAAUAAAUUAUACCCAUCUCCAUUUAAAGUUUGGUUAGGUCCAGAACCAAUGGUAGCAUUUACUAACCCCAAAGAUGUUGCAGUACUUUUAAGUGGAGUGGCUGGUUUAAGUCGUGCCAAAACCUUUGCCAAAAUAUUUCGCACAUUUUUAGGCGAUGGUCUUUUAGCAUCUGAUGACAAUAAUGAUCAAACAUUUCAAAAGAAUCCAAGGAAAAAAGCAUUUUUAGAUUAUAUUUUAGAAUUAACAGAAAAUGAUCCGAACUUUAAAUUCGAGGAUAUUGAAGAAGAAGUUAACACUUUAAUGAUAGCGGGAUACGACACUUCCACUAUAACAAAUAGUUUUAUUUUAUUGGCAAUGGCAAUUCAUCAAGAUGUACAAGAAAAAGUUUGGGAAGAGCUUCAAAGUAUUUUUGGAAACUCAAACAGGUCAAUUGAAAUUGACGACUUGCAACAUAUGUGUUACUUGGAGAUGGUAAUUAAAGAAACUUUACGAAUGUAUCCCACAGUUUACGUAUUUUUUCGACAGUUAACACAAGAUUUGAAACUAGAUCAUUGCACUGUGCCAAAAGGAGCGUCGUGUUGUGUUGCCGUGAAAUUAAUACAUAAUGAUCCAAGUAUAUGGCCAGAACCUGAUAAAUUUGAUCCCGAUCGAUUCUUACCAGCGGAGAUAUAUAAACGCCAUCCAUACUGUUACAUCCCUUUUGGUGCUGGACCAAGAAAUUGUCUAGGAUAUAAAUAUGCUAUGAUGUCCAUGAAAGUAUUACUAGCAACAGUUCUAAGAGCUUAUCAGGUUGAUACAGACUUAAAAAGUAUUGAAUUGGAUUUAACAAAUACUUUGGAAGCUAAAAAUGGAUGGCUUAUAAAAAUUCGUAAAAGAUCUUCUUCAUAA